GUAUGACGUCAUGUCAAUUUUUACUUUUUGAGAGAAGAGUAUUUUUAUUGAACAGUAAUUAUUCUCUUUAAGUAAUAAAUUUUACAUAUUAUUGCAAUGUUACCUGAUAAGUGAUAAAUUUCAUCAUCUUAUAUAACAACGUAUUUUAUUUGCGAAAAAAUCAUUUUAGAAUAAUUAGGUAUUUUUUCUCGAAGUUUUUCAAACAUUUUAUUUCAUUUAAUUAGAUUUUUAUUUAUUAACAGAUAAAAAAAAUCAUGAGCAACGAGGAAAAUUUGAAUAUUGUCAAAAGUGCAAUUAGAACGUAUGAGAAUUUUCCCAAAGAAGGCGUUGUAUUUAGGGAUAUAUUUGGAAUAUUUCAAGACGUUACUGCUUUAAGGGCUCUUAAAGAUCUGAUUGUUAGUCAUGUUUCAUCAUUAGAUGUUGACGUAAUCGUAGGUUUGGAUUCUCGAGGAUUUUUGGUUGGACCAAUAAUUAGUUUAGAACUUGGAAAACCAUUUUUGCCAAUUAGGAAAAAAGGGAAACUUCCCGGUGAUGUUUUUCAAUGUAGUUACGCUCUCGAAUAUGGAGAGGCUAUGUUUGAAAUUCAAAAAAAUAAUCUCAGUUCAGGAAAGAGAGUUCUCAUUGUUGACGAUUUACUGGCGACAGGAGGUUCAAUGUCAGGAGCUAUUCAAUUGCUGAAAAAAAGUGGAGCAACGGUUAUUGAAUGUCUUGCGGUAAUUGAACUUAUUGCUUUAAAUGGACGAGCAAAAUUAGAUGCACCUGUUCAUUCUAUUGUUCAAUAUUGAUAUUUUUCUUGAAUUCGAAAAUUUUUUAAGUUUGUUGAGAGUUUAUUUCUAGAAUUUUUCAAAAUUUUAUAUAUCAUAUCUUUCAAGUUUUACUGUUAUUUGGUAAUCAAACAGUGGAGAAAAUGAUUAAAAUUAAUAAAUACCACUGCAUACCUCAAAAAUUUUGAUAAAUUUAGAUAAAAUUAAAUUCGAUUGCAGAUAUCUUCUUAUCAUUGAUAAUAAAGCAUUUCAAUAAAAAAUUUUUUCUAUUAAAAAAUGUAUAUAUUUUCUAAUAUUCUGUACGGAAUGUACAUUUUCUAUUGACAAUAAAGUCAUUUUUUAUACUUUUAUCUAAAA